GCUGCCAUACAUUUAUGAACCCAUAUAUAAAAUUCCCACCACAAUCUUCAAUGUGGAUUACAUUUUUCUUAUCUUGUUUGCUUUCUUUUUUGCAUCAUGGAUCAUCAUCAUCUUCUUCGGUUUCUCCAGUAAUGUCCACGAAUAAUUUGUUGGACACCUUGGACGGGUUUCAGAACUAUACUGGAAUAUCUCAUUUUCGAUUGCUAAACAGGCGCAAACUUGGAGAUUGCUUGAACCCAAACCCGUAUAUUGAAAUAGAUGUAAGUCCAAAAUCUGCACUUGAAGAUGACCAGAUGGUCACAGUCACGGUUAGCGGGGUGUUGCUUCCGUCUAAGAGCGAUUGGGUUGGUAUGAUUUCGCCAUCGCAUGCCGAUGUUGAUGUUUGCCCUCAAAACCUUCUUCUUUAUAAGCAGACUGGUGAUUUCAGUGACCUACCUCUUCUCUGCCAUUAUCCUGUAAAGGCACAAUAUGUUAGCAACGAUCCGGGCUAUAUUGGUUGUAAGAAGAAGGAAUGUAAAAAAUUUGAUCAGAGGGGCAAAUGUUUGGUGACAACAUGCAGUGCAUCAAUCACAUUUCAUGUUAUCAACAUUAGAACUAGUAUCCAGUUUGUUUUCUUUGGUGCUGGAUUUCAGGCACCUUGUGUUUUAGCAAAAUCUAGCAUACUCGAGUUUGCAAAUCCACACAAGCCAUUGUAUGGACAUCUCUCUAGUGUUGACUCCACAGGAACAUCAAUGAGAUUAACGUGGGUUAGCGGCGACAAAAAUCCACAACAAGUUCAAUACAUGAAUGGGAAAUCAGAAACAUCCCGUGUUACUACAUUUUCCCAAGAUAACAUGUGCACUUCUGGGCUACCAAGCCCUGCAAAAGAUUUUGGCUGGCAUGAUCCAGGAUACAUUCAUUCCGCGAUAAUGACUGGCCUCAAGCCUUUAACAGGGUUCUCCUAUAGAUAUGGAAGCAAUUCGGCGGGUUGGAGUGCAAGAAUCAACUUUAAGACUCCGCCUAGUGGUGGAUCAGACGAACUAAAGUUUCUCGCAUUUGGCGAUAUGGGCAAGGCCCCACGUGAUGCUUCUGUUGAACAUUAUAUUCAGCCUGGAUCAAUAACGGUCGUUCAAGCCAUGGCUGAUGAAGUCUCGUCUGGGAAUGCAGAUUCCAUAUUCCACAUUGGCGACAUAAGUUAUGCCACAGGUUUUCUGGUAGAAUGGGAUUUCUUCCUUAACCUUAUUAGUCCUGUGGCUUCAAAACUAUCUUACAUGACUGCAAUCGGAAAUCAUGAAAGGGAUUAUGUGAAUUCAGGCUCUAUUUACAUCACACCAGACUCUGGAGGAGAAUGUGGUGUACCUUAUGAGAGUUAUUUCCCAAUGCCAACACCAGCAAAAGAUAAGCCAUGGUACUCCAUUGAACAAGGAAGUGUGCAUUUUGUAGUUAUUUCAACUGAGCAUGAUUGGUCUAAAAGUUCAGAGCAGUAUCAAUGGAUGAGCAAAGACAUGGCAUCGGUGGAUCGAUCAAGAACUCCAUGGGUGAUAUUUACAGGACAUAGACCAAUGUAUUCUAGCUGUGGAAGUGUUGAUCCAAGAUUUCUCCUACAAGUUGAGCCCUUGCUAUUGACAAACAAGGUUGACUUGGUUUUGUUUGGGCAUGUCCAUAACUAUGAAAGGACGUGUGCGGUUUAUAGAAACCAAUGUAAGGCAAUGCCGAAGAAAGGUGCAGAUGGGGUGGACACAUAUGACAACAACAAUUAUGAAGCACCUGUUCAUGCAAUUAUCGGGAUGGCUGGAUUUAAACUAGACAGCUUCCCUCCCAAGGCUGGUAGAUGGAGCAUAUCAAGAAUAAGUGAAUUUGGAUACGCGAGAGUCCAUACAACAAAGACACAAUUAGAUUUUGAGUUUGUAAAUGCAUAUACGAAGAAGGUUGAAGACCGGUUUCGAAUCAUCAGAAGCUGAUAUUCAUGAAUAUGUGAGAUAUUUGUUUAUCUGAUCAUGUAUACCAAAGAAGAAAAGGGACAUAUGAUGUUUGAAAUACAUUGAGAAUCAUAUGAUCAUCACCAACUAUAAACUUUGACCAGUUGAGUGUUUUGAUAUAUGUAUUGUAGCAGUGUUAUAGGAACAAUAUAAGUUAGACACAUGAAAUAAGUGACCAUGCCAAACAGUGAUUUUUAAAAGUGUGUGUAUUAUUUCUACUUGUUUGACUCUUAAUACGUGGUUUUCCUGUUUGCACAA